AAGUCCAGUGUUCGCGAUUACUCAAGCAAGUGCCGGGUCGCGGGUUUGGUCGUCGACAGCUUUUUGUUUCUUACGCGUAGUGUUUGCUGACGGCGGCGGUGGCGAUUCUUGAAGCACCUCCCUCCCUCCAUCUAGUCGAAACGGUUAAUUCGGUGCGUCCGCUAGGUUUUCGUUUCUUUCGGGGUCGCGCGUAACUUAAUUACGGUGAAAAGAGUGUGCAGUAGCAGCAGCAGCGACGUUCCGGAUCAGCCUUCUCAGCCCCACUUUGGAUAGUCAGACGAGCAGCGAGUCAUGGCCUACUCGAACAAAUUUAUUUACGCAACCCUACCGCGUACCCAGCGUGGCCAACCGAUAGUGUUGGGCGGUGAUCCGAAGGGUAAAAACAUCCUGUACACCAACGGCCACUCGGUCAUCAUCCGGAACAUUGACAAUCCGGAGAUUGCGGACAUUUACACGGAGCACUCGUGCCAGGUGAAUGUGGCCAAGUAUUCACCGAGUGGGUUCUACAUUGCGUCCGGCGAUCAAUCGGGCAAGAUUCGGAUUUGGGACACGGUCAACAAGGAGCACAUCCUGAAGAAUGAGUUUCAACCGAUCGGGGGUCCGAUCAAGGACAUUAGCUGGUCUCCGGACAGUCAGCGGAUCGUGAUUGUGGGCGAGGGACGGGAACGGUUUGGGCAUGUGUUCAUGGCCGAGACCGGGACGUCGGUGGGUGAAAUUUCCGGUCAAUCGAAGCCGAUCAACUCGUGUGACUUUCGACCGGCGAGACCGUUCCGGAUUAUAACUGGGAGUGAGGACAACACGAUCGGAGUCUUUGAGGGACCGCCGUUCAAGUUCAAGAUGACCAAGCAGGAUCACACCCGGUUUGUGCAGGCCGUUCGUUAUUCUCCGAGUGGACACCUGUUUGCUUCAGCUGGAUUUGAUGGAAAGGUGUUUUUGUACGAUGGAACGACUUCGGAGUUGAAGGGAGAAAUUGGAUCGCCGGCUCAUGCUGGCGGUGUCUACGGGGUGGCAUGGAAGCCCGACGGAACUCAGCUGUUGACCUGUUCAGGGGACAAAACUUGCAAGCUGUGGGACGUUGAAUCGCGCACUCUGAUCAGCGAGUUCCCAAUGGGUACGACGAUUGACGAUCAACAGGUGUCCUGUCUGUGGCAAGGAGAGCAUCUGCUGUCGGUUUCGCUGUCCGGUUUUAUCAACUACCUCGAUGUGAACAAUCCCACCAAACCGUUACGUGUGGUCAAGGGCCACAACAAGCCAAUAACUGUGCUAACGUUGAGCGAUGAUCGCAGUACUAUCUACACCGGAAGCCACGACGGAGCCGUUACUAACUGGAACUCUGGCUCCGGAACUAACGAUCGCGUUGGUGGCGUCGGCCACGGAAAUCAAAUCAACGAUAUUUGUGCUUCCGGUGAUUUCGUGUAUACGGCCGGAAUCGAUGAUUCGAUCAAGCAGAUUUCCAUCGAGGGCAAUCGGUACACCGGCGUGGAUGCCAAACUGAGCUGCCAACCACGGGGCAUGGACAUUUUGAAGGAGAGCAACAUUGUCGUCGUCGGUUGCGUCAAGGACAUUACCGUUUUGAAGGACAACCGCAAGGUGUCCGCCGUACCGAUCGACUUUGAGUCCAGCUGCAUCAGCAUCAAUCCGGAGACGCAGGAAGUGGCCGUUGGUGGGGACGACAGUAAAGUGCACGUCUACAGCUUGAACGGAACCGAGCUGAGCUCCAAGGUGGAACUGGAUCAUCUGGGACCGGUGACCCACUGCCGCUAUUCACCCGACAAUAAGCUGCUGGUGGCGUGCGAUGCCAACCGGAAGGUCAUCCUCUACAGCGUUCCGGAGUAUAAGCCUGCCCACAAACAAGAGUGGGGCUUCCACAACGCCCGUGUCAACUGUGUCGCCUUUUCGCCAAACUCGCUGCUGGUGGCCAGCGGAUCGCUCGACACGACAAUCAUCAUUUGGUAUGUCAACAGCCCGGCCAAGCAUACCAUUAUCAAGAAUGCCCACCCGCAGUCCCAAAUUACGGGGCUGGUUUGGCUCGACAACGAGACGCUGAUUUCCACCGGGCAAGACUGCAACACAAAAGUAUGGAACAUCGAGAGUGCCGCCUAAGGAGAGUGUUCCCCUUGUCGAUUAGUGUGUGUCACGCAUUUCACUUUUGUGGGUUUUUUUCUUCUUUUUUUUCACUCUAAUUAUGUGUUGCGCAUCUUGCAAGUGAAAUACCAACCUUGAGUCGACAAAUUUAAAACAAACCCGUACCGAAAAGUAUGCUGCUGCUGUAGCAGCAGGGCGCAAAUUCUGGCCAAAUUGCACAUUUAUAAGCUCUACACCUUUAGUUGUGAUUUCAAUACUUUGUAUGAGAUUUUGUAAGUGGCGAUACAUACUAUUUAUAAUGCAUCAGAAGAUUUUGUUUUCAUUUUUUGUUACACGAAUCAUGUUCAAACAGUUUUUGUUUCUAUUCUAAAUAGAGCCCUACUAACAAUACAAGCAUUUCAGCGUACAUACCGUUUUCAGUUUAGUCUUUUGGAUGACUUUAUGCGUAUAUUCAGAAAGAAGCGAAAUAUCGCCGUUACUCUUUUUUUGUCAUAACACAUUGUAUCGAAACGAAUUAUACAUAUUUAUAAGAAUGAUGAAAA